CUACACGACAAAAUACAAAGAAGCGAAAUCAACUUCCGGUUACCAUUUCCGGAGGCUAACGCUGGUAUUUUGCUAACGAAACAUCUCAACUGUGGCUACGACCAUGAAUUAAAACUGGAGUGUCCAGCUAAGUCCCAGAAAACGUCUCGUGGCUGAGUCGACAGGCAGCAGGCAGACAUGUAUGCCUCCAGUAAAUACAGCACCCGUGGCCCGGCUCUCAUCCCGCGCAUGAAGACCAAGCACCGCAUAUACUACAUCACCCUCUUCUCUGUGGUGUUGCUUGGUCUUAUUGCCACUGGGAUGUUCCAGUUCUGGCCUCACUCCAUUGAAUCCUCAGCUGACUGGACCGUGGACAAACGCAGCGUUCAUGAUGCUCCUCUGGUGCACCUCCCAGUCUCUAGCCCCAUUCCAGAGAGAGGGGACCUCAGCUGUCGCAUGCACACUUGUUUUGAUGUGUACAGAUGUGGCUACAAUCCAAAGAACCGAAUUAAAGUUUACAUCUACCCGCUGCAGAGGUUUGUAGAUGAACUUGGGGUUCCAAUCAGCAGCACUGGACUAUCACGAGAAUACAACGAUCUACUUAGCGCCAUCUCGGAUAGUGACUUCUACACCGAUGAUGUCAACAGGGCUUGUCUUUUUAUCCCAUCAACGGACGUUCUCAACCAAAACUCUUUGCGUAUCAGAGAGACUGCACAGGCUCUGGCAAUGCUACCCAGGUGGAACAAAGGAAUGAACCAUCUACUUUUUAACAUGUUGCCAGGGGGGCCCCCAGACUACAACACUGCUUUGGAUGUUCCCAGGGACAGAGCGCUGCUGGCGGGUGGUGGUUUCUCUACCUGGACCUACAGACAGGGUUAUGAUGUCAGCAUUCCAGUUUACAGUCCUCUCUCUGCUGAUGUGGAGCUUCCUGAGAGACAACCAGGGCCUCGCCGCUUCUUUAUCCUGUCCUCUCAAACUGCCAUUCACCGAGAGUACCGGGCUGAACUGGAACGCCUGAAGGAAGAAAACGGCGAAGCUCUGCUCCUUUUGGACAAGUGUAGCAACCUCUCUCAGGGAGCUGCCGCGACUCGAAAGCGCUGCUACAAGGGGCAAGUGUAUGACUAUCCGCAGAUCCUGCAGGAAUCCUCCUUUUGUGUGGUCUUAAGGGGGGCUCGUUUGGGUCAAGCUGCUCUGAGUGAUGUUCUACAAGCGGGUUGUGUCCCCGUCAUCCUCGCUGACUCCUACAUUCUUCCUUUCUCUGAAGUUCUCGACUGGAAAAGAGCAUCUGUGGUUAUUCCAGAGGAGAAGCUGUCUGAGAUGUACACUAUCUUGAAGAGUAUUCCGCAGAGACAAGUAGAGGAGAUGCAGAGACAGGCACGUUGGUUCUGGGAAGCUUAUUUCAGCUCCAUGAAGGCUAUAGGCUUGACAACGCUCCAGAUCAUCAAUGACCGCAUCUACCCAUACGCCGCACUCACCUACGAGCAGUGGAAUAAUCCACCUGUGGUGAAGUGGUCCAGUGUAAACAGUCCCCUCUUCUUGCCACUUAUCCCACCAAGAGCACCUGGGUUCACAGCAGUGGUGCUGACCUACGACCGCGUCGAGAGUCUUUUCCGGGUCAUCACUGAAAUCUCUAAAGUUCCUAGCUUGGGUAAGCUGCUGGUGGUGUGGAAUAACCAGAACAAAAGUCCUCCUGAAGAAUCCCUCUGGCCUAAGAUCAGCGUACCUCUCAAAGUUGUGCGAACCAAAGAGAACAAGUUGAGUAACCGUUUUUUCCCCUAUGACGAAAUUGAGACCGAAGCUGUGCUGGCAAUCGAUGAUGACAUCAUCAUGCUGACAUCAGAUGAACUGCAGUUUGGCUAUGAGGUAUGGAGAGAGUUCCCUGACCGGCUUGUGGGUUACCCAGGCCGACUGCACCUUUGGGACCAUGAAAUGGGGAAGUGGAAGUACGAGUCAGAGUGGACAAACGAGGUCUCCAUGGUUCUAACUGGCGCUGCUUUUUACCAUAAGUACUUCAACUACUUGUACACAUACAAAAUGCCAGGUGAUAUCAAGAACUGGGUAGAUGCACACAUGAACUGUGAAGAUAUUGCCAUGAACUUCCUGGUGGCUAACAUUACUGGCAAAGCCCCCAUAAAGGUGACCCCCCGGAAGAAGUUCAAGUGUCCUGAAUGUACUGCCAUCGAUGGACUGUCCUUAGAUCAGACGCACAUGGUGGAGAGAUCUGAGUGCAUCAACAAGUUUGCCUCAGUUUUUGGUACCAUGCCACUGAAGGUGGUGGAGCACCGGGCUGAUCCGGUUCUCUACAAAGACGACUUUCCAGAGAAACUCAAGAGCUUCCCCAACAUUGGCAGUCUCUGACUAACGUGCGGUCUGUGUUUCGACCUUGUCAUAGCCUCUGCAGACCCAAGCCUGUCUCUCACACCAAGGUAUAUUUUGUACUGAUGUGUUAAAAGUAUUUCAACGCCAGUUUGUAUGGAGACCUUUGAGGAAUAUUAAUGAUGUUGACUGAUGAAUUAGCCUCACUGAGCUCCAGCUGUUAUGUACGUUCAUACAUACAGUAUGCAUUCUGCUUCAGCAAUGUAUAGUAGUUGUAAUUUAUUAUUUGAAUACUUUGUAUUGGCUGUAUUGUAGGCACAGUGUAAAAUCGGCCAUUCUAAUCUGCUGUAGAGUUAGAGCAUACAAACAAUAAUCUAAUAUUUAGAUUAAAUGCUGAACACAACUACCGGGUUGUUUUCCGUGCAUGCGACGUCACAUUGUUACAAGUGUGUUUUCAAAAGGCGUACACAGCUGUUGUUUUUUUUCCCGCUUAAGUUUGUUUCCUUUUGUGUCCACGUCACUGUUAAACUUUUAAGAUGUUAACCUUGUCCUGCAAUGCCUUUUAUUUAAUAUCCUUAAGGUCACUGUAACUGAAGGUAUGUGUUCCUUAUUUUGGAAUAUAAAAUUGAAUUGAAUUGUGAA